GUGGAGCGUGGACCAUUUUUCUGUCGAAAAGAAAAGGGUCCAAAAAACAAAAUGACGAGUCCCGUAUCUUUCGGGUUAUCCCUCGUCCUUGUCACGGUGCUUGGUCUCCAAGCCGUUAAAGCUCAACUUCUUACGCCAACCUAUUUUAAUGUUGCCGAAGGCAAACCGAUCACAGCGACUUCAACUUGCGGGGAUGGGUUCCCAUCACCCGGCGAACUUUACUGCAAACUGACUGGAAACACAGGAGACACACUCCGGCAAACUGAACGAGACAUCAUCCGGGGUCAAUACUGCGACUACUGCGACCCCUUGAAUCCUUUGAAGGCUCAUCCGAUCGAGUACGCCAUCGAUGGAACAGAGAAAUGGUGGCAGAGCCCCCCACUAUCCAGAGGAAGAGACUUCAAUGCUGUCAAUGUCACCAUUGACUUAGGACAGCUUUACCACGUAGCCUACCUGAUCAUCAAGUUCGCCAACUCCCCACGCCCAGGUGUAUGGAUUCUGGAGCGAUCCAAGGACUACGGAGAGACAUACCAAGCAUGGCAGUACUUUGCCGACACCAAGGGGGACUGUAACCGUCUCUUUGGAAUGGAAUCCCUGGAGCAGAUCACCAGAGAUGAUGAUGUUGUGUGCACCGAUGAGUAUUCUAGUAUUGUACCCUUGGAAGAUGGAGAGAUUGUUGUAUCCUUGGUGAAUGGACGUCCGGGCGCCAUGAAUUUCUCUUUCUCUGAGGUCCUUCAAGACUGGACCAAAGCGACCAACAUCCGGCUGCGUCUACUCCGUACCAACACCCUGCUGGGCCAUCUGAUGGCCAUUGUUAGACGGGAUAACACGGUCACCAGAAGGUACUUUUACAGUAUCAAGGACAUCUCUAUCGGAGGUCGCUGUGUGUGUAACGGUCACGCCAGCACCUGUAACGAGCGGGGUAACAGCGGGCGUCUGGUCUGCUCCUGUGAGCACAACACCUGUGGGGAAGAGUGCGAGACGUGCUGUCCAGGUUUUGUACAGAAGGCCUGGAGACCAGCGACCAUGGAAAGCGCCAAUGAAUGUGAAGCUUGCAACUGCUUCGGCCACUCCUCCCAGUGCUUCUUUAACGAGACCAUUGCAUACCAGCGUCUGUCCAUCGACAUCUUUGGUAACUACGAGGGAGGUGGUGUCUGUGAGAACUGUGAGCACAACACCGUUGGAAUCAACUGUGACCAGUGCGCCCCUGGGUAUUACCGUCCUGCUGGAGUUAGCCUAGACUCCCCAAAUGUCUGCCAACCGUGCAACUGCGAUCGGACAUUCUCAACGGGUAACUGUGCGCCAAUCACCGGUGAAUGCGAAUGUCGCCCUCAAUACUCGGGGCCGGGGUGCAGCGAGUGUAACGAGGGUUACUAUGGCUACCCAUCGUGUCAACCCUGUGACUGUAACAUCAAUGGUACACAAAACAAGGUGUGCCAGGUCAGCGGAGGUCAAUGUCCCUGCAAACAGAACUACGCCGGACGCAACUGUGAUCGCUGUGCUUUUGGAUUCUACAGUUUCCCUGAGUGCACCUCUUGUGACUGUAAUUCGAUUGGUUCUCUUGAUACUACCUGUGAGGCAACCACUGGUCAGUGUCCCUGCCAUGAUGUCUAUGGAGAGCGUACCUGUGAUGAAUGCAAGAAUGGCUACUUUGGCUUCCCUACUUGCCAAGAUUGUGUCUGCAGUCCAGUGGGUUCUACAGAGGAGAUUUGUGACAAGACGUUUGGUCGGUGCAUCUGUCAAGAGAACUUUGCCGGCCCUCGCUGCGAUCGUUGCGCCUUUGGAAACUUUGCCUACCCCAACUGCCAAGCUUGUGGUUGUGACAGUCGAGGAUCAGCAUCGGAGUCCUGCUACGACUCUGGCCAGUGCCAAUGUUUGCCCAACUUCACCGGUCUCAAAUGCGACAGCUGUGCUGCUGGAUACUACCGCUACCCAGAAUGCUUAGCAUGUGACUGUCAUCGCCAGGGCUCUCUCAGCAUCAUGUGUGACCAAGCCAACGGUCAGUGCUCCUGUCGGUCAAGCUUCCGCGGCCGGAUGUGUGAACAGUGCGCCGAGGGAUUCUACAACUUCCCUGCCUGUGAGGAGUGUAACUGCGACCCGGCCGGUGUAGUGGACGUUCCCGGUCAACCGCUCGGAGGCUGUGGAUCCUCAACUGGGGGAGCCUGCCUGUGUAAGGACAAUGUCCAAGGACGCACCUGCGACACCUGUGAGCCAACCUUCUGGAACCUACAAAUCAGCAACCCAGAUGGGUGCGAGAGGUGUGACUGCAACCCAGCGGGUACAAUCAACGGGAUGGGUGAAUGUGACAUGUUAAUUGGUCAGUGUCUUUGUAAGGCGCUAGUUGCUGGACGUACUUGUGCCGAGUGUAGAGACGGUACUUUUGGUUUGAUGGCUGAAGACCCACUUGGUUGUCGAGAUUGUGGUUGUGAUGUUGGUGGAAGUAGCCACGGUGCUUGUGAUAAGACGACCGGUCAGUGUGUCUGUAAACCACGAGUUACUGGCAUCAUGUGUAACGAACCCCUUCCGACCCAUUACUUUCCAGACCUUUUCCAGCAUCGCUUUGAGAUUGAGGGAGGUACCACACCCGCUAAUGGUCGUCUCAGAGUUGGCUUCGAUGAGAACGAGUUCCCUGGCUUCUCCUACCUUGCAUAUGCAGUCAUGUCUGCCAUUCAGCCCGUUGUGAUCAUACAAAUUGAGGUAACAUCACCCAGUUUGUACCAUCUGGUCUUACACUACGUCUACCGUGGAGAGUCUAGCGUCAGAGGGACCAUUACCGUUACACCAUCAGAUCCUUCCCUCGGUUCGGAGCAAUCCAGCAGCAUCUUGUUCACACCCGGUAGAAGUCCUCAGCUCGUCACUGUUGAAGGGGGUGGAGUCAUCAGCCCUUUCGUACUCAACCCUGGCGUCUGGACUGUCACCAUCGAGGCUCCAGAGGGAGUCCUACUGGAUUACCUUGUUCUGAUCCCCUCGGCCUACUACGAGGCCACGAUCCUGCAACAGAAAGUGUCCGAACCUUGCAUUUUUGGAGUACCCCAAGAAAGAUGUAAUUACUACACGUACCCCAUUGAGGAUUAUUUCUACGUCGUCCGUGGUGUCUAUGGCUACUACGAGAUUGACGGAACCAAUGUUCCCGCCACACAAUUCUUGGAUCAGGACAUGCUGAUUGAAAUCGGAGUCAGUGACCUCGCUGUCAUAGAUUCACAACAUAAGAACCUUCUCUUGAACGUACCAAUCACAGAGGCUGGUGAAUAUGUCUUUGUCACUGAAUACUUUGGUGGUGGGCCGGGAGUCCAGACCGGUAGUUUUGAGGUAUCCGUUUCAGGAGGGACUCAGCGUGGUUUUAUCAACUUCUUUGAUUGCUCUUUCCUGUGUCGUGCAGUGAUUGUCGAUGCCGAUGGUAUGCCGAUGGUGUUUAGCAUUGACAGCCAGAAUCCAUACGUCAGGAUCACCCUAGAUGGCAGCCCUGACCUCAUUGGAAUCAGUCAAGUUAUUGCUAUUCCUGUGAGCAAGUGGUCAUAUGACAUUGUUACUCCAGCCCUUCAGUGUGUCCGCACAGCCGAUGGACAAUGUCACGGAUCUACUUAUCCGAUUCCCCCUCAUGCUGUCUGGAUUGACAAGUCCGAUAUCGACGACUCUGCUCCUCUACCUCCUAAUAUCCUGGACCAAGACAUUACCUUGCAUUACAUCACCACAGAUGGCAGCGGAUCGUCCUCUGUUAACUAUGAUGAUGUUGAGCCGCUAACCGGUCGCUAUGUUUACGUCGUUCAUUACUUCCAACCCGGCGGUGCUACUGUGGGUGUGGACUUCAACGUUCUUGGUGAAUUUGAAGGAGAGGGAACCUUCCAAGCCGGAUACUGCCCUCAUGUGUCAGGAUGUAGAGCUGUUGUGGACUUAGCCGAUGGCAGUUCAACCUUUGACCUCACUGGCAAUGGUCAGGGAUACUACAUAUCUGUGAUUGAUGGAAGUGAAGGAGAAAUCUGGAUUGACUACGUGAUCGCAGUUCCAGAAGACGUGUACACCACAGACAUCCUGGAGGAAGAGCCUCAAGACAGAGCUGGAGAAUUCAUCCGUAAAUGUGGCGGGAAUAACUUCUACAUCAGUCCCGAUGGUACCGGAUUCUGUCGACAAGCCACUUUCUCGCUGUCGGCUGACUACAACAACGGCGCCCUCCCCUGUGAGUGCAAUCGUCAGGGCUCGCUGAGCUUCAACUGUGACGCCCUCGGUGGUCAGUGUCAGUGCCAGAAUAACAUCGCCGGGCGCCGCUGCGACCGCUGCAAGAUCGGCUACUAUGACUUCCCUAACUGUUACAGGUGUAGCUGCAGAUCAGGUGUAUGUAAUGAAGUGACAGGAGAGUGUAUCUGCCCCAACAACGUCGUCGGUGAUACUUGCGAUCGCUGUCAGGAAAAUACCUUUGGGUAUGACCCCCUCGUUGGAUGUGCCGAAUGCGACUGUAAUGGCCGUGGUAUCGUCGGUGGAGACUACAACUGUCAUGAGGUGACUGGCCAGUGCGGGUGUAAACCAAAUGUUGGAGGUCGCAAGUGUGACCAGUGUGAACCAGGUCAUCACCGGUAUCCCUUCUGUGAAUCCUGCUAUUGUGAUACUAGCGGUACAGAACCAGGCAUCUGCAACCAGGACACUGCAGAGUGUGAAUGCAAGGAAAACGUGGCCGGUGAGCAGUGUAAUCAAUGUAAAGAGGGAACCUUCUACCUACAGCCGAGCAACACAAAAGGGUGUAUCAAUUGCUUCUGCUUUGGACAUUCAACAGAUUGUAGAAGCUAUGGAAGACCGUAUGAUAGGUUGGUUGACAUGGAAGGUUGGACCGUGACCAAUGUGAAGACUCCAGUGAUUAGAUCAGUUGGUAACCUGGUCAACGUCUACAUUGGUGAUAUCGGCACUGGAACAGACCCAAACCAGGCUAUCUACUGGGAGGCACCGGAAUCCUAUCUCGGAAAUAAGUUGACCUCCUACGGUGGUAAGCUGGAGUUUACCGUUCAGAGCAACGGGAUUCCUGAGAGAGGUGAUUCUGUGUCUGUGCCUCUACGUAGACCUGAAGUCAUUAUCAGCGGUAACAACAUCACCAUCAUGUACACCAAUGAGGACCGUCCCCAGAAUGGUCGUCCGUUCGAUAUGUCCGUUGAUCUCGUCGAGGAUAUGUUCCAGUACAGUUUCUCGGCUCGGACAGUGACUCGAGAGGACAUGAUGGUCAUCCUUGCAGGAAUCUCUUCAAUUCAGAUCAGAGCUCAGUACUACAAUAAAAUCUACGACGCUAGCCUCAGCAAUGUUGCCAUGGACAUCACUAAGAAGGACGGGACUGGGUCUCCGGCGUUCAAAGUGGAGCGAUGCCGAUGCCCAACUGGUUACACCGGUUUGUCUUGUGAGAAAUGUAGUCCAGGAUUCCGUCGGUCUGGUUCCGGACCGUACCUUGGUACCUGUGAGCCCUGUGAUUGCAAUGGGCACUCACCAACCUGCGACCCGGAGACUGGAAGAUGCUAUAACUGUGAGCACAAUACUGAGGGAGAUAACUGCGAGCUUUGUAAAGUGGGCUACUUUGGUGAAGCUACCUCCGGAGCAGUGGAUGCGUGUAACAUCUGCUCAUGCCCCUACCCUGAUGAGACCAGAAACUAUGCCUUCACCUGUUCCAUUGUACCAACCGGGAUGAAGUGUGAAUGCCUUCAGGGUCAUAUCGGAGAACGCUGUGACAUAUGCGAGGAGGGAUACUUUGGCGAACCCAGUGAGCCAUACGGGUUCUGUCGGCAGUGUGAGUGCAGCGGCAACACUAACCCAUCGGCCUCCGGUCCGGAGUGCGACACCAGGCUUGGAAACUGUCUGCAGUGUAAGCCCGGUACCACCGGUCCCAACUGCAACAUCUGUGCAGAGUGGUUCUAUGGAGACGCUGUCAUAUCAAGGAAUUGUCAAGAAUGUGAUUGUGAUCGCUGCGGUACUCGUGAAUGUGCCGUCAACACUGGACGUUGUGAAUGUAAGGAUAGCGUCGUUGGAGCACUGUGUGAUCGUUGCGCGCCUGGAACCUGGAAUUUCAGCAGCUGUGCCGGUUGUUCCCCGUGUAACUGCGCCUUUGGGGCGGAGAGCAAUCAGUGCGACAUGGAGUCCGGCCAGUGUGAAUGCAAACCAGGAGUGGGAGGUACUAAGUGUGACCAGUGUCUCCAUGGACAUUGGAACUAUGGAUUUAACGGGUGCCAAGCUUGUGAGUGUGAAGCCCACCUACGAUGUGACUCGGUGACUGGAGAGUGUCUGUGCCCACCGGGAGCCACCGGGGAUAACUGUGAAGAGUGUGAGGAUCGUUACGUUCUGACGGACGAGGGAUGCCAAGCUUGUGAUGAGUGUACAACUCUACUCCUGGAUAAGAUGGAUGAACUCGAUGCGAUGAACCUGACCGCUGUAUUCGUUAACGUGACAGAUACAACCGUUGGUAUUCACUUGCGCCAGAAGUUGGACAGAUUGAACCGCUCCGCUACUGCUGCACAGCGUCAAGUGGAUGAUAUUAAUGACAACAACUUUGAAGUGAUUGACGGAUUCAUGACUGUGGAGACUAACUACAGUGCCCUCUUAGACCAGGCUAUCAAACUGAGGAGUAAGUCGGAUCGCAUCAAGCAGACGGCAAACGAAACCAAGGCGGAGACUCUGGAGACGGGUUUCAAGGCCAAGGAGGUGGAACGAGAGAUCCGUGGUACCAUGGCAGCGGUCAAAGAUGCACUUGACACCUUGGACAGGACCCCCCCAGUAGUUGGCACCGAUAACUCACGCAUCUUGGAGGAGGCUAAAAUAAUCGUAGCUGAGAUUGCCGCGAGGGAUUUCUCGGACGGAGAAAGAGGAGCUGAUGAGGAACUGGCUGCGGCUGAAGAAGUGCUUAUGAGAGUGAAGAUGUUACGUAAUGCCUCCAACGAGAUAAUGGGUCACAUCCAGAACGUCUCGGAUCACAUGCAAGGAUUCGUGGACAAACUCCAGGAGCUGAUUGAAAAGAGCCACGCCGCUAAUAAUUUCUCUGACGGUGCCGAGGUUCUGAACGAUCUCAACAGAGUACCAGCCUUUGAGGCUGUCAUGCUUGGAGUUGAAGCUCACCUUGGAGGAGCUACCGGUGACAUUGAUAAUGCAACAGCUCUGAUCGAGGCAGCCUUAAAACUCCUACAAGAUGCUCAAAAUGCUGUGGACGGUACCAGUGCUAAUUCAUCUGUUCUAGACGCAGCAGUGAGGAGAUUGGAACCACGUGUACGCUUCAUUGUCAACAACUCCAACUCCGCAGAUGACAUCGUCGACCAGGCCAUGAUGCAUGCUGCCGACCUUAAGAACCAGUCGGACUAUCUUAAAGGCCUUCUUGUAGGAACCUUGGAACUGUCUCGGAAUGCUCUGAAAGCAGUCAACGCAUACGGGGAGAUCAUCGCAGCGAUUGACGACGCAGAUGCUGCUGCUACCAUGGCGCUGAACGCCAGCACACAGGCAGAGCAACAGGCAAAUAGCUUCGGAGAUCGUCCCGCCGAAUCACUGAAGAAGAGUCGACGUCUAGUCAGGAAGGCCAACACUGCUAACGAAGACCUAGCAGGACUGGACAGUAAACUCAGUGAAGUCGGACAGAGUGUAGGUGACGUAAAAGACCGAUUGGAUGGAACCGAUGGUCGCCUCGCAGCCAUCCGUCGUGCCAUGGAUAACAUUCCCGACGAGGGCAGUGUCUGUGACAUCACAGUGUGCCCAGAAGGGUUUCCGGACUGCAAGCCUGGCUUCACCGGACAGGACUGUGAUAUCAGCAAGCUAGGGGAGCAGGCUCAAGACGCAGUGGACACGGCUAUGGAUGCUAACGCUAAGGCCACCCAAGCUUCUAACAUUAUAACCAAUAUCAAGACCCAGCUGCCGGAGCUUCAGACAAAGGUUGAUCAGAUCCCACUUGAUAUUAACGCUGCAGUUCAGGCUAGUAACAUUGCCGAUGAUGCCAGCAAGCGAGCAAGGGACAACAUCGGAGAGAUUCGUAAUCUUGACCGUACUCUGACCGCUAAGCAUGCUGACAUCCAGAAUAUGACCCUUGGCCUUCAAUACAACCUGGAAGAGAUCAAGAGAAAGAUUGCUAACGCUCGUACUAUCGCUGAUGGUGUGAAAGUGGCCAUGAAAUUCCAAGCGGAUACAGUCGUUGAACUUCGUCAACCCGAACCAGAAGACUUUGAUGGCCAAGCAGCUUAUACCUCCUCCUCUUUGUUCUUCAAGACACAGCAGCCUGAUGCUCUUCUUUACUUCAUCGGUGGACCCUCACCUGAUGAUGACUAUUAUUCCUUGGGUGUGGAGAAUCACAAUGUCGUCCUUCGUUACAAUCUUGGAGAUGGAGAUGAAGAAGUAGUAGUUGCUAAGGAUGUCAACGAUUACAAGUGGCAUGAAGUCAUCACCGAAAGGAAUGGACGAUUCACCAAGGUGAUUGUCAAGGGUAUGGGACAGAACGACGUUCUUCAAGACUCUAUAUCUGCAGGAGACGCCAGCAUUCUCAAUUUCAACCAGGAUGCUCACUAUUUUGUCGGUGGUAUACCUCCAGAUAUCACGUGGUUGCCAAAUGCGAUACCCAAUCGACUCUUCCAAGGAGGUAUUGAUGAGUUUACAUUAAAUGGACGCCCAAUGACCCUCUGGAACUUUGACAGAGCCAUCGACGCCAAUGAAGGAAUCUUAAGGAACGACACAGUCAACACCGCUAUCGAUUCUGAGCUAGAAGGAACCAUGUUUAAUGGCAAGGGAUACAUCCUCCUGUCCAGUAGCGAAUUCAACGCCAGAGGUCAAUCAAGCAUCAAAAUCAUCUUCAAGACCUACCAGGCGAACGGUCUGCUGUUCUUCAUGGGUAGUGAGGGGAAAUACCUCUCCAUCGAACUCAAAGGAGGUCGUAUCCAGUUUGAAUUUGACCUCGGGACUGGUCCCCUGACUCUCAUCACAGAUGGGACAUAUAACAAUGGAGAACAGACUGCAGUGAGAGCUUCUAUGAGCUCCAAAACUGGUAGACUAAGUGUCGAGUCAAUAAACGGUGAAGAGACGAAGUCUGGAACAUCCCCUGGUGACGGAACUACACUUUCAGUAUCGGAAUACUUCUAUCUCGGAGGUUUGGUUGCAAUCCCUGACGAUAUGUUCCCGCGAGUCACCCGUAUAGGAUUCCGUGGAUGCUUGCGUGAGGUAACCUACGGGCUCACCUCCAUCAACCCAUUGAACAAUCUGGGCAGCAUUGGAAUCUACCCCAACUGUAUCCCACAGAUUGCGAAGAUGGUAUCCUUCAACGGACCCUAUGGUGGCUACAUAUCUCGUACACCCAUCGAUCUGAACGGUGACUCUGACAUGAUCUUUAAGUUCCGCACCAGUGAAGCGGACGGUGUUAUGGUCUUCUCAUCCAACGCUGACAAGUCUGAAUUCGUUGCUGUAUUGAUAUAUUCCGGCUACGUACACGUCGUCGCUGACAGCGGAUCGGACAGCAUUGUGGUUCAGUCAAACCAAGAUGGUUACAAUGACGGAGAAUGGCAUACGGUCUCUGUGUCCAAGAGAGGAAAGAAGUUGACCCUCAUAGUUGACGAUGUCGACUCGGCAUUCCAGCGAUUCCAGAAGAGAUCGAUGCGGACUGACGGUUACUUCCUCAUCGGAGGCUUCCCUAGGGCGGACUUCUUCCCCGCUGCCAUUCUUCCAAUAAACAAAAAUUUCAUUGGUUGCAUAUCGGAUCUGGCAGUAGGAUUUGAAGCCAUCAGCUUCUCCGAUCAGAUCAUCUCCGAUAACAACGCCAAUCUCAACAGCUGUCCAAUUGGAUCCCUGGUACCUACCGAAGCCUCGUCCAACACCACUGGGGCCGAUUUCACUCGUGCUACCAUGCCAACCACUCCAAUGAACACUCCUAAAUCCAGAACCUGUGCCCUGCCGAGGGUUGCCGGUGCUGGGCAGCAGCUCGCUGAGGACGUCGGGGCUCAGCAGUUUGGAAUCACAGAAGAGACUCGAUUGGAGUUCCCACAAUUGGAUCAGAAGUAUAAGAGAAAUUUGGAAAUGCAGAUUGAGGUGAAGACUGCCGCUCGUAACGGUCUGAUCAUGUUCACCACGGACACUCGUCACAUCGACUACACGGGAAUGUUUAUGCGUGACGGCAAGUUUGUGUUUGGAUGGGAUUAUGGGAGUGGACCUAAGCUGAUUGAAUCACCAGACCCUAUCAACGAUGGAAACUGGCACACUGUGAAAGUGAACCGAGUCGGUGCUGUUGGGGAGGUCUACGUCGAUGGCGUGUUGGUCAACAAGGAUGAGAUAGGUGGGGCCAAUCGCUUCCUUCGCACCACUACACCGAUAUACUUGGGUGGUGUUGAUCCCGAUGUUAGAGAUGAAAUGAAAGACAACAAAGUCGAUCCUGCAUCUCGGGUCAGCUUUGUUGGUUGUCUUCGUAACUUCUUGUUAGAGGGCGUUUCUUUGGGUGAUCCAGUCGAGAAUAUCGAGGUCCAGCCAUGCACUGGGAUCCUAGAACCUGGAGUGUUCUUUGGCUCAGACGGAGGUUAUGUUAAACAGACUUUGUCCUUCUCUGUGGGACAGAACUUUGACAUGCGUAUGUCCAUCAAGCCCAGAGUGUCUACAGCCAUCUUAAUGUCUGUCCAGAAUCCUAGGGGUGACUUCUUGUCUAUGGAGUUGCUCGAUGGCGUGCUGUUUUUGACGGCUGAGAAUGGCGAUGGACCUAACGAGGCAACGUACACACCACCAGAGGGCUCCACUUACCUCUGCGAUGGUAACUGGCAUGACAUCCAAGUUAUCAAAGAGGGCCACAGCCUUCAGUUGAUUGUUGAUGGUGAUCCAGGGCCUAGAGUUGAAGGGUCUGGUAAUGCCGUCGCUGCUAACACCAAACAUCCUCUCUACUUUGGUGGUCUCCCAGAUGAACCCGAAACGUUUCAUCGAGGCAUCUCAACCAACGAGAAGUACGUCGGCUGCAUGCGUGAUGUCACGAUAAGAGGGGAUCUUUUGGACUUCAAGACGGCAGCUGAGAUUGAGGGUGAUGUCAGCACAAUGUCUUGCCCCGCCUUCUAAGAAAGAGGCGGGCCGAAGUUCAUUGAUGAUGCAUCUGUUUGAAAUCCCUCAUCUGUAAUCAUUUUUAGAUAAGCUUUUUUAACCUUUCGUUUUAACUUUGAAGUGAAUGUAAUGUUAUAGGCUGUACCUGUGUUUUGUACUUAAAGUGGUGUAAAGAGAUGGGCGGUCUUAGCUCUUUUAAAUCAGUACAGGCUGUUAUUUUUUUUUAAAUAAAAUGCAUUAAGAAUUUGAACUUGGAUU